AUAGGAAACAAGAAUGGCCUUCAGUGAAGUUUGUAGAAUUUGUUUAUGCGUUAAUGUUCGCAUGCUUGUACUGAAGAAGACUACUCUCCGAAAUUUGUACAAAACAUUGACGAACAGUUUUAGAGAUGAGGAUGAGGAGCCCAUAAUUGUUUGUUUCACCUGUCAUGCAAGACUCAUUCGUUGCAGAACAUUACAACACCAGGCUAUUGAGUCAAAAGCAGUUCUGGAGCAGUUCCUUGCAGGAGGGUCCAUGAGAAUGCUGAAAAACAAGAAGAUUUGGAGAUUGAUGCUUUUGAAGAUAGACAUACGGAUUCGGAGAACAACUUGCCGCUAAUUGCAUUUGGUUCAAAGAGUAAAAAAGAUGACGAUGACAUAGGUAAAUGAAUUUAUGUUAAAAAAACCUUUAUCAAAAAAUAAAAAGAAAUCACCACAAAGGAGAUGUAUGAAAAUUGGGUGCUUGACAUCGUUUCUAACAGUCAUACAAAAAUAUGGAGGUAAUAAAAUGAUAAUUUAUAAGCAUAAAAUAAAUGGUUUUUAUCUCUGUAAUGCUUGGGACAAUGAUAAAAACAUUUUUUUUAAACUGAAAUACAAAGCUAAUGCUUUUGCUUUAGCAAUAACGAAAAGUUUUUAAAUAUCUUUCUUUAUUUUGUCUAUGGCAAUAGAUAAUAAAGGCUAUUUUUAAAAUAAAAUAGCCUUCCUUGUUAAAGAAAAAUCAUAAUAUUGAAACAUUGAUGUGAAUCUGUAGUGAUUAACAUUGAAUAAAAUAAUAUAUUUAGAAAACGAUUGAAUAGGCUAUGUCAUAAAACAUGAAAAUAUUUGAAUAUUAACGACUGAAUAGGCUGUAUGGUCAUUGACCAUUGCAUAUUCCGAAGGAGACUUAACUUGUUAACUUCGAGUUUCAGGUUUCAGCUUGUCAUGCGGCAUGCGCAUUUGGAAUUGUAGCUGAUUGUUUUUUUUUUUUGGAUAGAUUUCGUGUUUUUACUUUCGUGGAUUUAUUUAACUUUAUAUAUUAGUAGUAUAGUUGUAGUACGAAUGGGUCGGCUCGCCCGGGGAAGGACCACGCUCUCACAGAAAACCAGCGUAAAAUAGCAGCUUAACGCUGCUGUGUUUCGUAUGGUAAGUGUAGAGAACCGGAGACCCUUUUUACUGGCAAAGAGGCAUUCCAUCUUAGUCCUCACGGGUGACAACGCAUCUGCAUCUUGAGUCUUUAUUGAGGAUAGAUGUAGAUGUCUAUGGGCUACAGCAACCACUUACCAUCAGGUGGACUGUGUGAUCGUUUGUCACCCUAUUAUUGAUAAUGAAUAUUAAACACGGUGAUUAUUGUUAAAAAAAUAAUUUAUUUUUCCACAUAGUCUCCUAACAAGUCAAUCCAAUUAGUUCAUUUUUGUUCUAAUCCCAGAAUUCUCUGAGAAAAAAAAAAUUAUCUGUACCCUCCAAAAGGCUCAACAGCGUCCAUCACUUCGCUAUCGUCUGCAUAUUUCUUGCCUCAAAGGUGUUCCUUGAGCAGAGGAAAUAGAUAGAAGUUACUGAGAGCUAGAUCUGGCGAAUAGGUUGGGUGGUCGAACAGUUCAAAUCCUGUUUCUUGGCAGCCAUCGCAACUGCGGCUUUGUGAGCCGGAGCCUUGUCUUGGUGAAACAGCACUCCCGCUCGCAAUUUGCCGCGUCGUUUUCUUUAAUAGCCUCCUGCAAUGUUCUUAUUUGGUCUGCGUAGUGGAGAGUAUAAGCUCGAAAUAAUGGCUCCCUUUUCAAAAUAUUCCACCAUAAUUAUUCCUUCAAAAACGGACGCCAUAACCUUUCCCGCCGAACUCGGCAUUUUAAAUUUCUUUAGCGUCUGGAGGAGGCUUGGUUCCAAACCAUUGAUUAUUGUUUGAUUUCAACAUCGAAAUGGUAGAUCCGGGUCUUGCCCAUGGUCACGAAACGUAAUAAAAAAAAUCUGAUCUGCUUAGAACCUUUCGAGAUUAACCCUCGAUAUGUCGAUGAAUUUUUUCUUUUGCUCAUCGGUAACAUUCUCGGUACCCAACGCGCAGAGAUCCUUUCCACUUGCAAUUCGUUUGCAAGGAUUCUUUGAACACUGCCAUAUGAGAUCCCUGUGACUUCAGCUAUAUGCCUGAUGGUCACUCUUCGAUCUACCUAUACGACAGUGAGGUAUGUGGAUGGGCGUCCUUCGCGAUGUUCAUCUUCCUUGGAUGUUCUGCCCAGCUUGAGCUCCUUGGCCCAGCGUGCAACUGUGAAAUAUGGAGGAGCACAGUCCCUCAAUGUUUCACCAAGUCGCUGUGUAUGUCUUUGGUAGGCAAUUUUUUAAACAGAGGGAGCUCUCAUUAAAUUUUUCUUCAUUUUGAUGUUACCUCUUUGAUGAUUCGUAUUCAAAUGAAUGUACCUCUCGAGAAUCGUAGCCUAUUUAUUUAGACGUUUGGCGCGUAAAAAGUAAAAUGGCCUAGCACUUGACUUGACGGGUUAGCAAAAAUCAGUAUUUAAGGUUAACUGAGAGGUGUAGCCUAAUGCUAUACUAUUCCUCAUGAUAAAACCCUUCCACUUUAUUAUAUUAGUAUAGAUUACAAAGUUAUAAUGCAGUUGUUGUGUUAUGUUCUUGUUAUUUUUAUGUUUAUGUCAUGUUCUCUUACUCCUUAGGUGUCGUUCCAAGCUUAUGGAAGACAAGCCUUAGUGCAUUCGAUUCCUAAAAAAGGCUGGGACCUAUCCAAAUACAGGCCUAUCGCCGUCACCUGCUUGUUCUCCAAAAUAAUGGAAUCCAUUAUUAACUGCCAGCUCACGCGGUACCAUGAAGAGCAUAAGCUGAUUAGUGGCCUUCAAUACGGUUUCCAUCGAAGCUGUUAGGAUCGAUAGAACGGAAACGGCGUGUAUGUAUGUAUGUAUACAUACAUACAAAAUACAUACAUACCUACUUACAAAAUUAACUAUUUUAUUGCUGCCAGUGGAGGACGGACCUGGGUUGCUAGCGUACUGUGAAAUUUUACGGUAAACAAAAAAGCCUCCGAGCUACCAGGGCUUGUUAUGAAUCUUUGUAUGGCCUGCAAAUAAUUCCUCUAUCUUAAUCUUCCCGUAAACUUCCUCUGCUGAACAUGGAAGAAUCUCUCCCGAUGUAGGGAGUAUUUGCCUUGAGCGUUACGCUUGGCAUAGGACUGACGAUCGCAGAACCAAACGUGAGCACCUCUGGCAAUGUUGCCUGACGCCUGUCUGGAUAUUUUACAUCUGAAGUAAACCAGGUGGUUAUACCGGCAUCUGUCGGAAGCCAUCAGAUUUUUCUGGAAAAAACCCAUAGUCUCCUGUUACGGCCUACAGCUGCCUAAAUAAGAGUAGAAUCUUCCGGGCCCAUAGCGGAAGACCUUACAAGCAGGUGCAGGUCGGGCCUCCUAAGGCCAAAGUGGAAAAUCUCUAAUAACAAUAAACAAUAAGGGGGGACGUUCGAUCUUGCUGCUAUUCAACAGGGAGAAUAUUAAACCGAGCUUACUUACCUAUAUCCAAGGCGACUGGUCCCUCAGGAUUCGGUCAGGUCGCAUGUGGUUGUGUGGUGCAAGGGAAGUAAGGUGCUGUGAUGUGUAUCUGGGUGUGACUGGUGGUGAUUGACCUUAUUAGACCGUUGCCGUCGGCAGCAGCCCGGACGUCAGCACCGCUCCAAAUUAAGGUAACCUUCCGCGGCGCCGUCCACAGUCACUUUCUUCGUUCGUCACGAUGACAGUCCAUUAACUCUAUCGUACGAUUAACUAACUUAAAGAAGCCACUAACUCUCGUUUGUUAUAAAGCAUAACCCACUAUAUAUAUAUGAAAUCCCGUUACUAUAAGCAAAAACGUAACACACCGCCCGAAUACGAAUGUCCGGAUCAAAGGUCACUACCGUUUCGCGUGGCAACAAUUAUUUCUAAAAUAGUAGUUAACAUUGUCGAAUGCCCUUAUACAGAUUCUGAGUUAGACACAAUAAGUCCCGGGAAAGGCUAUCAAACAAGGAAUGCGCGGUACAAAUCCUAGACAGUAUAUUUUUUAUUUUAAACAGUGGUAGAGCCACGCGGUAGCUUUUGCUGUCGCACGGAUGGGCCGGCUCGAACCGGGGUAGUACCACGACCUCACAGAAAACCAGCGUGAAGUAGAGGUUUGCCUCUGCGUUUCGCUUGGUGUGUGCAGGUGGCCGGAGGCCCUUUUUACUGGAAAUGAGGCAUUCCAUCUUAGUCCUCACGGGUGACAACGCAUCUACAUUUUGAUUUGUAACAGAGGAUAGAUGUAGAUGUCUAUGGGCCGCAGCAACCACUUACCAUCAGGUGAACUGUGUGCUCGUUUGUCACCCUUAUCCUAUAAAAAAAAAUAUUUACUAGACGACUAAACUAUUCCGCGUUUCCCGCACAAAAAUUCACAGCGUGCUGACGUUAACACAGCUGGCAGACGACUCUUUGCGCUCGCGCGCUCUCGCCACACCCAAGCUAGCCCGAACGUCAAACCGGUAUAAUGCCGAACCGAGCGCCCUCUGGCGUCGAUUCUUGACAUUAGCGUUGGGCGCGAACAGUCUCCUCUUACGAAAUCCACGGGAUAAAAUGUGAUUAUGAAUUCUCUCAUGAACUUCCACGCUAACUUCGGCCGUACUUUGUGUAUAGCUUGUGUACAGCGAUUAGAUUAAUGCAAUUAUAACAUGGUCAGAAAAACCAUUAUUUUCCUCGAAAAUUGAAUAUGAGAGACAUUAUUCAGAGUAAUUGGCUAGAUUAUAUCUAGCAACAUUAUUUAGUAUUAUUAUGUAAAAUAUUAUAAUUUCCUUAUUUCUCCCUGGGUUAACUGAUAGAGAAUGCCAUAACGCAUAAACUCCGCCCCUUGUAAACCGUUUAAGGUGUCUUGUAAUAAAAAUGCAAUAACUUACAAUAAAUAAAAAGUUUAACUUCGACAAAUAAUUUUUCAGAAACUUCUGAGAAGAAGAUUAAAUCAAAUUCUACUGAUUUUAAUAUAAACGAUGUUCGUGAAGAAAACCUCGACUUGGAAGGCCCUCCUAUUGAAUCAAACCCUAAAAUGAAAAAAGAUAAUCUACCAAUUAAUAUAAAAGAAAAGCAUCCUGCAAAGAUUAUGAAAAACAAAAUUUUGAAACAAAAGAGUGUAAAUAUGCUUAAGAAAAAAACAUCUAGGACAUCAACUAAAUACAUUUUUGAAUGUGAUGGUUGUAGUAAAAAAUUUUCAACAAAAGACAUUCUCGCCAAACACAUUUCAUACAGUCAUAAGAGGCAAAAGAACUCAGACACCAUUGCAGUUGGGACACAAGUUGAACAAACUCCAGUACCACAACAAACAGAAAUAUUUAAUUGCGAUAUUUGCGAAUUUAAAACAUCUCAAAAACGUUACAUUUUGGCACAUCUUAAAGCACACGUCGCUAAACAAAUGUACUGUUGUAAUAAUUGUGAAUAUAAAUGUGUUAGAAAAAGUAGUUUGCAAACACAUAUGAAAAUACAUACCGGAGAAAAACCUUUUUCGUGUAAUGUCUGUGAAUACAGGUGUAGUACAAAAAGUCAUUUGCAAACCCAUAUGAAAAUACAUACCGGGGAAAAACCUUUUUCGUGUAAUGUCUGUGAAUAUAGAUGUAGUACAAAAAGUUAUUUGCAAACUCAUAUGAAAAUACAUACUGGAGAAAAACCUUUUUCGUGUAAUAUCUGUGAAUAUAGAUGUAUUACAAAAACUAAUUUGCAAAUCCACAUGAAAAUACACACCAGUGAAAAACCUUUUUCGUGUAAUAUCUGUGCAUAUAGAUGUAUUUUAAAAAGUACUUUGCGAACACAUAUGAAAAUACACACAGGUGAAAAACCUUUUUCGUGUAAUAUCUGUGAAUAUAGAUGUAUUUUAAAAAGUAUUUUGCGAACACAUAUGAAAAUACACACCGGCGAAAAACCUUUUUCAUGUAAUAUCUGUGAAUAUAGAUGUAUUUUAAAAAGUCGUUUGAAAACACAUAUGAAAAUACACACCGGUGAAAAAUCUUUUUCGUGUAAUAUCUGUGAAUAUAGAUGUAUUACAAAAGGUAAUUUGCAAAGACAUUUAAAAAAACACACUGGAGUAAAACCUUUUUCGUGAGCUAUCUGGUAAAAUAUGUACAAUAUUGUGUAAACGUGUUUUAUAUAAAUAUGUACCAAAUAAAAAUCUAUGAUUUGU